UUCCAUUAGUCUUUCCUCUUCAAGUCUUAACCCUCCUCCCACGCCCGCCAUCAUGUCCAACUUCAUCUUCCUAUCAAAAAACAUCGCUCGAUUGAUCUGAAGCCAAAAACCCAAUCAAUCUGAUCAACAUUAAUUAAUUAUGAUGGAUAGCUAUAAUGAACAUCAAGAUCUUGAGCUAUUGGAAUAUAUUGCACUACUGAAUCAACCAGAGGAAGAGCCUAUAUCUAGCUUCACUCCAAAUCCCUCUCAAUCUGCAGAUCAAUUAUUUCUAGAAAGCAGCAGCAGCAGCAGUGCAUCUUCGUUCAAUCCUCUUUCAACCAACGUACCAAGAAACAGUAACAUAAGAUGUGAAAGUGGGUUGAAGAGAGUGAAGAUGGAUGUGGGAUUAAGGAUUGCAUUUAGAACAAAGUCUGUGAUGGAGAUCAUGGAUGAUGGAUUUAAAUGGAGAAAGUAUGGAAGGAAGACUGUUAAAAGUAGCCCAAAUCCAAGGAACUACUACAAGUGCUCAAAUGAAGGGUGCAAGGUGAAGAAGAGAGUGGAAAGAGACGGAGACGAUUCCCACUAUGUGAUGACAACUUAUGAAGGGAUCCACAACCAUGAAACCCCAUCAUCAUCCUUUGUUUCCAAGCUUCGCCCUCUUUUUCACCAACCCUAAGUCUUGUGACAACAUUGUACUUCCCGUACGUACCUCUUCUUGUCCUUUACCUUCAUGGAAUGAAAUUCUUUGUUGUAUACUAUUUCUAAGAUUUAUGUCAAUUUGUAUUCAAUUCUCGUAGAGAA